UCCAACCCAGUCCGGCUUGGCUGCUGAACUGUCCGCCAGACAUUUAUGUCUUCAUGCUACAAUCCCACCCCCACCCCCUCAAAGACACCAAUUCUUAAGUGAGACAAACAUAAGAUGCCUUUGCCCGUGCAAGUGUUUAACUUUCAGGGGUCUGUGGAGCCCAUGCAGAUUGAUGCAGAUCCCCAGGAGGACCAGCAGAAUGCUCCAGACACCAACUAUAUUGUGGAGAACCCCACACUGGAUCUGGAGCAGUAUGCGACCAGUUAUAGUGGAUUAAUGCGCAUUGAGAGACUGCAGUUCAUUGCUGAGCACUGCCCUCAGCUCCGAGUGGAGGCCCUGAAGAUGGCGCUCACCUUUGUUCAGAGGACCUUCAAUGUUGACACUUACGAAGAGAUUCACCGCAAACUCACAGAGGCCACACGGGAAGUGCAGGGUGUGCCAGACACAGUUCCUGAAGGAGGGGUUGUUCCCCCUCCCCUGGACUCAGCUUGGGCUGAAUCGACCAGAAAAAAGGCUCUGCUUAAACUGGAGAAACUAGAUACGGAUCUUAAGAACUACAAGGGCAACUCCAUCAAAGAGAGCAUCAGGAGAGGCCAUGAUGACCUGGGGGACCAUUAUCUGGACUGUGGUGACCUCAGUAAUGCUCUGAAGUGCUACUCUCGAGCCAGAGACUACUGCACCAGUGCUAAGCAUGUCAUUAACAUGUGUCUGAAUGUCAUCAAGGUUAGUGUUUACCUCCAGAACUGGUCGCACGUGCUGAGCUACGUCAAUAAGGCAGAGUCCACACCAGAAAUUGCAGAGCAAAGAGGAGAGCGAGAUAGUCAAAAUCAAGCUGUCCUCACCAAAUUAAAGUGUGCUGCAGGAUUGGCCGAGUUGGCCUCUCGAAAAUACAAGCCAGCUGCCAAGUGCUUCCUGCAGGCUUCCUUUGACCACUGUGACUGUCCAGAGCUACUGUCGCCCAGUAAUGUAGCUGUGUAUGGGGGCUUGUGUGCUUUGGCCACGUUUGACAGACAGGAGCUUCAGCGCAACGUCAUCUCCAGCAGCUCCUUUAAGUUAUUUUUAGAGUUGGAACCUCAAAUUCGUGACAUUAUCUUCAAGUUCUACGAGUCUAAAUAUGCAUCCUGUCUCAAGCUACUGGAUGAAAUGAAGGAUAACCUCCUGUUGGACAUGUACCUGGCACCACAUGUCAAGACACUGUACAGCCAGAUCAGAAACAGAGCCCUGAUUCAGUAUUUCAGCCCCUACGUGUCAGCAGACAUGACCAAGAUGGCUCAGGCGUUCAACACAACAGUAACAGCUCUGGAGGACGAGCUCACCCAGCUCAUACUGGAGGGUCUCAUUAAUGCACGUAUCGACUCCCACAGCAAGAUUCUGUAUGCGAGGGAUGUCGACCAAAGGAGCACCACAUUUGAGAAGUCUCUUCAUAUGGGCAAAGAGUUCCAGAGACGAGCCAAAGCCAUGAUUCUCCGUGCUGCUGUGCUGCGCAACCAGAUUCACGUCAAGUCUCCACCCAGAGAAGGCAGCCAGGGUGAACUCACACCAGCCAACAGUCAGACCAGGAUGAGCACCAACAUGUGAGGAAGAAGUGAACAGCUGUAGCGCAAAGGGGAAGGUUCACUGUUCUGCAACACACACCACCCCACCCACCGUCUGUGAGCUGAACGCAGAAACGAGAUGAAACAUAAAGACAGAUAAAAACCACUUCUCUUCUUCUGUCAGGUGACAGGGAGCAAACUUUUUGUUUGUCUGACAUGGAGAUUCAGAUGAAAAUGUGUUUUGAAUGAAAGCUCAGCACUUAGGCUGUAAGUUACUGGUAGGAGAUGCACUUUGCCCUGCUUACACUUUGAGACCUCAUUAAUAGAAAGUUUUAAAAUAAAAAAAAACACCUAUCCAAACCCAUCUAAUCUCUGUUUAUUUGUGCCCCUUUCUGUUUUUAUCAAAGAAUUAUCCAACCAACAGCUAUUUGUUUUUCACCAGUACUGUGCUGGUGAGGACACAGUUGUCCCUUGUCUUUUGGGCUUUUUUUGGGGUGGGUGAGUAAACCUGGUACGUGGGAAUAUAUUUAUGUUGGUUUUUACUGCUAUUUCAAUGACAGUAUAUGAGCUCUGAAAUUCAGCUUGAAUUAGCUUGAGACAGUCUGCUGAAACGAAGUGAAAAAAUAAAACAAAAAUACAACUUUGGUUCCUGUUUUUUCUAAUUUGCACACCAGUUUUAUCUGAAUUUUUUUCAGAAUUUAGUCUCUUAAGAACUAAUUGCCAUAUGUCCUUGGGCUUCAUUGACAGAUGGAGCUGGCGAUCGUCUACAUAGCAAUGAAAAUAUAUGCUAUGUUUUCUAAUAGUACUGCCUAAGUGAAACCAAAUUGGUCCUAGCAUAGAACCCUGUGAAGCUCCACAAUUAGUUUUGUGUGUGAAGAGGACUCUGUUUACAUGAACAAAUUAUAUUCUGUUAGGUAUGGUUCAAAUGACUGCAGUUCUGUACCUUUAACUCCCAUGGCAUGCUCUGAUCUCUGUAAUAAAAUAAUACUGUCAACAGUA